GUUCUCUGGAGCAGCAUGGACCAGCAGCCAGCUUCGGGUGUAGCCUACUCUCAUCCAACUACAGUUGCUAGCUACACUGUCCAUCAGGCUCCAGUAGCUGCUCACACAGUUACUGCUGCCUAUGCACCAGCAGCUGCUACAGUUGCGGUUGCCAGGCCUGCUCCUGUAGCUGUUGCAGCUGCUGCAACAGCUGCUGCUUAUGGAGGCUACCCCACUGCACACACAGCAACGGAUUAUGGUUAUACCCAGAGACAACAAGAAGCACCACCCCCACCACCUCCAGCUACUACACAAAACUACCAGGACUCAUACUCGUAUGUAAGAUCCACGGCUCCUGCUGUAGCUUACGAUAGUAAGCAGUACUACCAACAACCAACAGCAACUGCUGCUGCUGUAGCUGCCGCUGCCCAGCCUCAGCCUUCUGUUGCUGAAACCUACUAUCAGACAGCCCCCAAAGCAGGUUAUAGCCAAGGUGCAACUCAGUAUACACAAGCCCAGCAAACUCGACAAGUGACAGCCAUAAAACCAGCGACACCGAGUCCAGCUACCACUACUUUCUCCAUUUAUCCUGUAUCUUCCACCGUACAGCCAGUAGCAGCUGCAGCUACUGUGGUGCCAUCCUACACCCAGAGUGCUACUUACAGUACCACGGCAGUCACUUAUUCUGGUACAUCUUAUUCAGGUUAUGAAGCAGCAGUGUAUUCAGCUGCAUCCUCCUACUACCAACAGCAGCAGCAGCAACAGAAGCAGGCAGCGGCAGCAGCUGCUGCUGCUGCUGCCACAGCUGCCUGGACAGGGACCACCUUUACUAAAAAAGCACCAUUCCAAAAUAAGCAACUGAAACCAAAACAGCCUCCCAAACCACCCCAGAUUCACUAUUGCGAUGUUUGUAAGAUCAGCUGUGCUGGACCACAGACUUACAAAGAACAUUUAGAAGGACAGAAACAUAAAAAAAAAGAAGCUGCAUUGAAAGCCUCACAAAAUACCAGCAGCAGCAGCAACUCUGCUCGUGGGACUCAGAAUCAGCUGCGCUGCGAGCUCUGCGAUGUGUCUUGUACAGGAGCAGAUGCAUAUGCUGCCCACAUUCGUGGUGCUAAGCAUCAGAAAGUGGUUAAAUUACACACAAAACUUGGUAAACCCAUUCCUUCAACAGAACCAAAUGUUGUUAGCCAAGCUACUUCUUCAACAGCUGUGUCUGUUACAAAACCGACUGCCUCUCCUUCAAGCAUUGCAGCAAGCAAUUGUACUGUGAAUACUUCAUCAAUUGCAACUUCUUCAGUGAAAGGUCUUACAGCUACAGGAAACUCGUCUCUUAAUAGCACAUCCAACACUAAAGUGUCAGCAGUGCCUACAAGUAUGGCUGCCAAGAAGACAUCUACACCCAAAAUAAACUUUGUUGGUGGUAAUAAGCUGCAAUCAACAGGAAAUAAAACAGAAGACUUAAAAGGAACAGAAUCUGUUAAAGGCACUCCUGUUCCUUCUGUACAGAUCCCAGAAGUGAAGCCAGACACAGUGUCAGAACCAGUCACGCCUGCCUCUCUGGCUGCUCUGCAGAGUGAUGUGCAGCCAGUGGGCCAUGACUACGUGGAGGAGGUACGAAACGAUGAGGGAAAAGUAAUUCGAUUCCAUUGUAAAUUAUGCGAGUGCAGCUUUAAUGAUCCCAAUGCUAAGGAAAUGCACUUAAAAGGGCGAAGACACAGACUUCAAUAUAAAAAAAAAGUCAAUCCAGAUUUGCAAGUAGAAGUAAAGCCCAGUAUUCGAGCAAGAAAGAUUCAAGAAGAGAAAAUGAGGAAGCAAAUGCAGAAAGAGGAGUAUUGGCGGAGACGAGAAGAAGAAGAGCGCUGGAGAAUGGAAAUGAGACGUUAUGAAGAGGAUAUGUACUGGAGAAGAAUGGAGGAAGAACAACAUCAUUGGGAUGAUCGCCGCCGAAUGCCUGAUGGUGGCUAUCCUCAUGGUCCCCCAGGUCCGCUAGGCCUUCUCGGAGUCCGACCAGGCAUGCCUCCUCAGCCACAGGGGCCGGCACCUUUACGACGUCCUGACUCAUCUGAUGACCGUUAUGUAAUGACAAAACAUGCAACCAUUUACCCAACUGAAGAGGAAUUACAGGCAGUUCAGAAAAUUGUUUCUAUCACUGAACGUGCUUUAAAACUUGUUUCAGACAGUUUGUCUGAACAUGAGAAGAGCAAGAACAAGGAAGGAGAUGAUAAGAAAGAGGGAGGUAAAGACAGAGCUUUAAAAGGAGUUUUGCGAGUGGGAGUGUUGGCAAAAGGAUUACUUCUCCGAGGAGAUAGAAAUGUCAACCUUGUUUUGCUGUGCUCAGAGAAGCCUUCCAAGACAUUAUUAACCCGUAUCGCAGAAAACCUGCCCAAACAGCUUGCUGUUAUAAGUCCUGAGAAGUAUGACAUAAAAUGUGCUGUGUCUGAAGCGGCAAUCAUUUUGAAUUCAUGUGUGGAACCCAAAAUGCAAGUCACUAUCACCCUAACAUCUCCAAUUAUUCGAGAAGAGAACAUGAGGGAAGGAGCUUGUCAGGCCCGGUCCAAAGCCUUCUAGCAGAGGGGAUUGAUUCCUGUCAGGGGUUGCUGCCAAGACAUCGGAAGGAUUUUUGACCAAGGUUUUCAAAAGCUCAGUGUCACACCUGCCAUUUGAUUCAGAAGAGAUUGUGGAUGCAGAGCCUGGCAUUUAUUGUCCUCUGUGUGGCUGUUCUGUUUUGUCUUUGUGUCUUCUAGAAUUGAGCAGUGUUCACACUAGUUUUUAAAUGGUUGGGUGGAUUAUAUAUUUUACAUAACCAUGUUAAUUUAAAUUAAUAUAUUCCUAUUAACUUUUAAUCAUAAAAUAGUGUGGACACAGCAUGUUUUCUAACUAGUGAUUAACCCCUUAAAUUUUAUGAAAUACAUUCAUGUAGGGUAAGAAUUUUUUAAAAAAUAACCCAUUUUUGUUUUGUUUUAACUGGGUAUUAGGCAACAAGUAUGCUUUUAGUACAGUAUAUCUAAGGGGUUAAUCCACUUGAAGUAUAAAAUGGGUGCAAAAAUCCACACUCUAACAGAAACUUUCUAGCUCUUAAUUUGUUUUUAAAUUGCAAUAGGUGUCUUGGCAUCUUUGAAAUUGUAUCAGUAAUUAAAAUUUUCAAAGUUUUGAAUGCUUGUAUCCAAAAAGAAAAUUUUUCUUACAUAUUAGAGGAAAUUAUAACAUUAAGAAUUAACAUUAGAAAUUUAGAAACAUUUUUAGAAAGAGAUUGCACACUGUCACCUAUUUGCAUUCUAGCUUUAGCAAAUAAUGUAAGUAAUUAGGGACAUGGGAAGAGGGUCUUUCAGCAUGUUCUGUAACCCUGCUUUGAGGAGUGGGUGGAUUUGUUCUUUUUUUGGUACUUUUUUCCUUUCUUCUUUCCUUCCUUAGUUAGCCAUGCUUUCCUGUGUUUCUUAUCUCAGAAUAGCCCAUUUCUUAUGUUCAAUAUAUUUCUUGAUUCAGUAGUUGGUCUUGCAGGUUUUGAGAUUGUUUAUUAAUUUUAAAAAGUAACUACUAUUUUUGUCUUGAUAGUUUCUUUUGAGUACCCAGAUUCCUCUUAGUGUUCAUUCUUAGGAUAUGACACAGUGUUCUUUAUCAGUAGAUCUCCCUUCUAAACUGUCUUCUGAGAAAUCUGUGCCAUCUGAUUACUUUAGGAAUAAGAACUAACAAUAGGCAAUAUAAUUCUUUAUCACUUAAAAUACGCUUUCUUAUAUGUUAUCUACUCAAAAUACGGACAAGUAUCUCUUAAGACUUCUGAAUGGUCAUAUAAAAUAUGCAAUCAAGUAACUUGCCCAGAGUUGCAAUGGUACUCUUAAAAUAAAAUCAUCGUUUAUUUUAUCACUAUUGCUUUUAUCACAUACUUCUUUUUCUCUCAUCCAUUUGGUAUCCUCAGUGAUUUAUUAGAUUAUAUCCUAAACGCACCUUCUGGUGCUCUUUUACCAGAAGACUUAAAUUCAAUAGAUUAUUUGCCUGGUAUAUAAUUUCCCUAUAAUUUAGAAAAUAUUUAUACUGUUAAAAAUCAUCAAGAGUUGUGAAUUUGAUGGGCUUAAUUGCUAUUUACUUGUGAAUAGUUUGAUCAGCAAAUUUACUGUUAUAUUUAAACACAUUUUACAGAUAUGUUUAGGUGAAUAUAAAGCUGGCCCUCCAACUACUUUUGUGAAUGUAAAGUUAACCUCUUGUCUUGGUUUAGGUUCAGAUUUCCUUCUCAAGUUUUAUGUAGCUCAUUCAUGUUUUAAUAUAAUAAUCUGAUUAAAAUCAAUUAUUAUAACCUCAGGCCUUACAUGCUAUCAUCAAAGUGCUCUGCUUAGUCCAUCUCUUCUGUUUCUAUACUUACUCUAUUUAACCAUGCUAGUUUCUCCUGCCAUUUUCUCUGUUACCCAUUGUUUCUCUCCAGUUAUUCUUUGGAACACCUUUUGGGAACUUUGAAUUUUUAAAAGGCAUUUUGUAUUCCUUACAACUAAAAAUCUCCUUGUGGAAGAGAAAGUAUUAAACUCUUAGAAGUUUAAUGCCUCUUUAUUUUUUUCUAUGAUCAUUACUCGGUUGUCAUUCCAUAUUUAUCAUUAAUUCUUCGCUAUAUUAGCCCCAGAAUAACCUAUGACCAUUUAAAAUACUGAACAAACUCAGUAGUGUUUUGUACAUUCUCAUUUAUUAAGGUGGAUUUUUGUGUUCCCUCUUG